CCCGCAGCUGGCUGGUCACACUGGCAGCAGACGUCACAAUAAAUUCUAUUAUUUUGUUUUGUUUUGUGCGAAAAGUUUGCAGGCCAGCGAACGUGGACUAGCCCACAAGCAACGGCAGCAUGGCGAGCGGGACAAGCGGGACAAACAGCAGCAGCGGAGCGGACCAGUCGACGGACAAGGCACCAUCAUCAGCAGAGAAGUGGGGCUUCCCUUUGAUUGAGCUCUACCGCCUGGCAUUUACGUUCUACAAGAGGAACUCCGGCAAGGCCAUCCACCUGUCGUACGAGGACAACCUCAAGCUGAUCGCCUUCAAGCAGCAGGCGGCGCUGGGUCCCUUCAACACAAGUCGCGCCCCGGCGCUGGGCGUCCUGGAUGUAAUCGGACGCGACCGGCAGCAGCACUGGCAGCUGCUGGGCGAGAUCACGCGGGAGCAGGCGAUGGAGGGGUUCGUCGACCUGCUGGACACCAUGUGCAGCGCCUUUCGACCGUACAUUGAGGCCGUGCGGCAGGAUCGCGAUGAGACGCUGCGCAAGGAGCUGCGCCUAAUGGAGCAGGAGAAGGAGGCACGCGAGCGGCAGGAGAACGCCCAGCAGGAGCUGCUCGAGGAGGGUUACAAGGAGGAGCUGCAGCGCCGCCAGCUACAGGAUGCCCUCAACAAGCAGACGUACCAACAGUUUAAGCUGUACGCCGAGAAGCAGUUCCCCGGGAACCCCGAACAGCAGGCCGUGCUUAUCCACCAGCUGCAGCGUGAGCACUAUCACCAGUACAUGCAGCAGCUUCAUCUUCAGAACCAGAACACGGAGGACAAGAGCCAUCAGGAAGAAGAGAACGCCCCUGGCAAUAACAACAACAGCACCACCGACUUGCCCAACGCCAUGGAGGGACUGAAGCUCGGUGAGGUCGAGACCCAGCAGCAGCAGCAGCAGCUGGCCGAGGAGCAGCACGGGCAUGUGGAGCAGACGGAGGGCGUUGGGCAGGAUCAUCUUGGCGAGGAAGAGUACGACGACUACGUCACGAUCUGCCCGGCCAAGAUCUGGACUCGUCCCGACAUCGAGCAGUUUAAGACUGAGGUGUCUGCCGGCGAUGGCGAUGGAGUCAUCACUAUUGGACACGGCGACACGGUGACGGUCCGUGUGCCCACCAACAUGAACGGCAAGUGCAUCUUCUGGGAGUUCGCCACGGACAGUUAUGACAUCGGCUUCGGCAUCUACUUCGAGUGGGCCAAGCCCGUGACCAACGAGGUGACCGUGCAUGUGAGCGACUCCGACGAGGACGAGGACUGCGUGGACGAGGACUACCUGUCCACCACCGAGGACCUGGAGUCGGGCUCGCUGUCGCAGGAGCGCGGUGCGGUGAACAACCCGACUGCUGCCCCCAAGGCACCCAUUUCCAUUAUCGUGCCCAUCUAUCGGCGGGAGUGCUACAACGAGGUGUACGUGGGCUCCCACUCCUAUCCGGGCGAGGGCGUCUAUUUGCUGAAGUUCGACAACAGCUACAGCAUCUGGCGCAACAAGACGCUGUACUACCGCGUCUAUUACGAGCGUUAAGAGGCCAAAAUGUAUUUACUAUCCACUAAUUUAGAAGAAUCCUAUCUCUGUACGAACGGCUCAUGUGCAAGUCCGGAAUAAUCUGUAUGUGCGUGUGGUUUGGUUUUACGUGUGCGUCAAUGCAACUCCGGGAAACAAACAAGGGGAAAAGAGCGUGGCGUUGUCCGACUAAACCAAUAUUAUUUAUUAUUUAGUUGUAACCGACGAAGACAAGUCCAAAAUUCAAUUCGAAAAUAAUAAACCAAUAUAAAGACAACUGUAAA